CCGGCCUGGCUGCCUGCCUGCGGCCUGCGCUCCGUCAUGGCGGGCGCUGAGGGGAAGGCGGGCGGCGGCGGCGGCGGCGCGAGGGCCAGGCGCGGCCCCGAGGCGCGCACCAGCCUGACGGCCUUCGUGCUGGGCGGCUCCGUGGCCGCCGUGCCGCUGCUGCUCUCGGCGCCUCCGCCGGCGCUGCUGGCCGGGCCGGGCUUCCAGGGCCGCGCCGCGCUCGCCCUCCACGUCGCCGGCAUCAACGCCGCCCUCCUGCUGGCCUGGGGGCGCUCGCCGGGGGGCAUGUACCAGAUCGCCAUCCGGGCCUGCUUCUUGGGCUUUGCUUUCGGGUGUGGACUGCUGCUCAGCUUCGGACAAUCUACGUGGAAGCAUUUCGGCUGGUAUAUGUGCUCCUUGUCUCUCUUCCAUUAUUCGGAAUACUUGGUGACAGCCGUUAACAACCCGCGGAGCCUGUCCUUGGACUCCUUCCUGCUCAACCACAGUUUUGAAUACAACAUGGCUGCACUCUCUUCCUGGGUGGAGUUUACGGUGGAAAAAUUCAUUUUCCCAGAGAUGAAGCAGAUCACUUGGCUGAGUUCCACAGGGCUGCUGAUGGUGGUGUUUGGAGACUGCCUGAGGAAAGCAGCCAUGCUCACCGCUGGCUCCAACUUCAACCACAUCGUGCAGAAUGAGAAGUCAGAGACGCACACCCUGGUGACGAGAGGAGUGUACGGGUGGUUCCGUCAUCCGUCGUACGUGGGAUGGUUUUACUGGAGUAUUGGGACCCAGAUAUUACUGUGUAAUCCAGUCUGCCUGGUGGGCUACACCCUGGCCUCCUGGCGUUUUUUUCGAGAGAGGGUCGAAGAAGAGGAGAUGACGUUGAUCCAUUUCUUUGGGGAAGAGUACCUGGCAUACAAGAAGAGGGUGCCCACGGGUCUGCCGUUCAUCAGAGGGAUUAAAGCGGAACUGUGAGGCCCUGGCACUGGCUUGAGCACAACAGGGGAGUCCGUGGCUCCGGGUGCCAUCUGGGCCGGACUGCAGAGUCGUGGGCGUUACGGGCCGCGCUGGUACAGUAGCGGUCCGUUUUAAUACUUAGCGGUGAAAUCUGUGGAGGUUUGUGAAGGGCUAGGCAGAACUCCGUUUCUCCUUAGUUAAAAAUAGAAUCUCUCUCUUGAUGCAAGAGGAGACCCGUGUUAUGGAGGCUGCACUGAAUUCUCAAAUAAGGCUGAUUUAAAAUAAUAGGGGGGGGGUCACUCUGCCUCUUGCAGGUCCGAUGGGCUGGCAUGGACCGCAACAGGUUUCGUCCAAAAACAAGCUUGCACUUUGAGUAACGACCCUCUGCCCACCCGCUCCUCGCAAAAGGGGGUGGUGGUGGAUGGAAGCUCUCGGGCAAAACUUUCUUUUUUUAAAAAAAAACCAGACUUCCUGAUCUUCUUUUUUGUCGUUCUCCAAAGGGCAAACGCAGCACAGGUUUAAGCUCUGGGCCUGAUCCCAUAAGUCCUUUGGGGGCGCAGCGUUCUCACAAGGCUAGACAGGGUAGCGGCGGGGUGGCAGCGACAAAGCCCUCUGUUUCUGUCUUAAAAAUGCAUGAACUUUUUUGACCUUCCCGAACGAAUGCUGCUCGCCGUUGAGAUCAGCAAUGUAGGCACAGAAAAUUCCCUUCAGCAGAAGAGAGGUUUUUCAGGAAACACUCAACCCUUUUUCUAAAUGACGCAAAACCAGGCUUGUGCUACACCUCACGAACGAAUGAAAAAAAGCAAGCUUUGUGUCUCAGUGCAAUGUUGUCCUCCUAUUAUUAUUAUUUUUCCAUUUCCACCUUGACGGUGUUUCCUUGCUUGAGAGGCCCUUGUCUGGCCAGGCCCCAAUCUGGCCCUCGUCACCUCCUUCUUGUUCCACAUUUUUUGAGAAUGACUCUUCCUCUCCCCACACCCACAUCUUUAUUUUGUGCGUUUUAAUUUUAGAGUUCAAAAAGUGUUUGUACAAAGUGCAAGAGGAGAAGAGUCUCUGACUUUGCACAUUUUUGUAGUUGAGAAUAACUGAGCUAUUUUGGCAAUAUUUCGUUAGCAGGAUCUACAUGGCUGGGAGAGAGAGAGAGAGACACCCCCCUUUGAGAUUCGAUAGUGUAAACACUUGUAUUCAUGUUAUACCAAAGAGAAGUUUACUGUUUUCUGACUCUAGUGCUCUAGUUACAAUUAGAAAGGGAAAUUAAGACACUUAGAAGUCACGGCCAAGGCUUGCAAUAGCCGUUUUUGUAAAGUUGCACCUAUUUGGAGACCAGUCACAAUUUAGUACAAGUUAGCAUGAAGACUGAGGACCGUAUUAAAAUGUAACCGUGUAAACACCGAGUGGGUUUAGGUUUUGUGAAUUCAAAACGCUAAAAUUCCAGAGUCAAGCCACUUUUAUUUCUCUUUACUCUAUGGAAUUUCCCCCCUAAUUAAUUAUUUGAUCAUGCGCUCUUGAAUAUCCAUUAAAAUGCUUCUUGGUGAAGAAAACGAGGCCAUCUGAAUGGGCUGAGUGUACUUUAAAAAAGAAAAGAAAGGAAAAAACAAAAAAACAUUCCAUACUAUGAAAAGCUGGAAUCUGCAUCUUUCUAUGUAUUAGUUUGCAUAAUUUCUCCCAUUUCCCAUAAUGCUACAUUUUAAAAAUAUAUUCUUUGCAUAAUUGAUCCUGCGGAGGGGCGAGGGCUGGAACUUACGCAAGGAACUGAAGCUUUUGUCCCUGGUCUUUGUAGAGCUUAUUCAGCAGAUUAUUCUGGACUUUGAGAUUUCACCAGUCCCCACCCCGAGAGACAGAUAUUUUUGCAACCAUAAGGACUAGAAACAUGAUUUAAAAACAAACAAAAACGUGAGGUUCCUAGGAUGCAGAAUUCUAUGGCCAAGACCAUAUUUCAUGGCAUGCGUGCAGGCCAGACGGUAGACCCUGCCUUCUUUUUUUAAAAAUACUUGCUUUUGUUGUGCGGUACAUAAACACCAACUGGAAACCUGAUCCUUUGGGGUUCCUGGCAAAGGACUCCUGAUGCCUGGGAAAUGGUGAACCAGUGUUUCCCCUCCCUCAGAUCCGCCUCUGCUUACACAGUGGUCUCGGGCAAAGGGUUUCUACCGGGUAGCCUUCCAGAGAGGCUUCUUCUGGGCCAGGGCAUUAGGGCUUUAUCCUCUCCAUUGCUCUCGGUUCUGGUUUUGUUUUGUUUGCAUUUUGUUCUCUGUUUAGAUGCCACCAAAGUUCUUUUGAAGAGGUUUCAAUUUCCCUAAACCAAAAGAGUUUUGUGGCACCUUAAAGGCCGGCAACUGGUUGGCCCCUGUGCGAACAGAAUGCUGGACUAGAUGGACCCUUGGCCUGAUCCAGCAUCAGGGCUCUUCUAGUGUUUGUUUCCAACUGCAGCUGUAGGAGCUGGAAAACAUCCUUGAAAAGUCACGUUCUCCCCAUCGAUUAAGUCUGCAGAAACGACAAGUUCAGACCUUGCACUUACUUAGGCUGGAGAGAUCAAGACUUGCCAUGACCUUAAUUCUUUAAUCCUCUGCAGGUCUAAGUUAACUUUAGCAGUAUGGGUGGGUGGUGUAGUUGGAACGGCAGCUCAUGACCUGGAUCUUCUGGGCAAAUCAGGGUUUUAGCAGCUCUGGUAAGCUGUGCUUGGCUUCUUGUGAACUGCAAGAUAGGCUGUCUGGUCGGCCCUGUGUUUGGAGUGAGCUGAAGUUUCAGUGGGUUCGUACUUCAGCCUGAAUGAUGUCCCUGAAGUGGUGGAAAAACUUCCACUAAAACACACAGAGUUUGACCUAUUGCAAGUAGGAUGUAUGAAAUUACCUUGUCAAUUCCAUUGGUUCAACUAGCCACGCUUUGCCUACUUGAUGGCUACCGGCUACCGGCUCUUCCAGGGUUUGGGGCAGAGAGAGGGAUUUCCAAGUCCUGCUCUCUGGGAGCUUGUAAUUUGGAUCGAACCCAGGAAGGUCUGCAUGCAAAGCUUCCACUCCCAAUCAAAAUCCACCCCUGUAUCUGCAAUGCUGCAAGUUAUUCUGCAGUAGCAGCAGCUGCUUUGAUCUCCAGAACCAUCUCUAGAUUUCAAAGGUAGAGUGACAGUUCCCCAGGAUUAGCGCAUGCAAAUUAAAUGAAAGGAAAUAUUUUUAAAAAAGGAGAAAUUUAUGCAAAUCUAACCAUUUAGUAUAAGUUGUAUGGGGUGUGGGAUGCAGCUUUUCCUGGAGCGUAAUUUGGAUGCAGAAUUCUAGUUUUAAUUUUCUCAAAGCAGGACAUACCUCCAUGCCUGCCUGUCGCUAGCCACUUCCUGUUGCCUGGAGAACAUCCAGAACUUCACCCUGCAAAUUGUUGGGAUGUUCUUCUUUGAUACCUCGAAAGCUGAGAGGGAGGGUUACGAGACCAACUAAGUGGAAGACAGGUUCUGUUCUCUUUUAUUUUCUAAAGAGUAAUAAAAAUAUUUUCAAUUCUUU